CAUGGCGGACGGCGUCAGCUGGUGGGCAAUUUCACAAUGCGCCGUCCAUGUACUCUUCUGCUAGCACUACUACUAAUAUUUAUCCAUGUAAUUCCUUCCGUACACGCGUUUUCCUGUCCGGAACCAGUUGGACCACGGCCAAAGUACUGUCGCAAGGAGUGCUCCACGGAUGACGACUGUAAACGGCAUAAACGCUGCAUGUGCGAUGGCGAAUGUGGAUUGAGUUGUGUUAAUCCAGCCUCCACGUGCCACGCUUUGUCUGAAAUUGAAAACGGUUAUAUUCGCACUGCGGGAGAAUUGAGAUUUGGUUCCAAUGCAGAAUAUGCUUGUAAUAAAGGUUAUGUGCUGAUAGGAUCUUCUCAAAGACGAUGCCAAGGAAAUCGUGAAUGGAGUGGAGCACAGCCGACUUGUCGUCUCCAAAUACGAUGUGGACCUCCACCCGAAAUCCCAUAUGCUGUUCACGACGGGUCUUCAUUUUCUGGUGAAUAUGAUCUAGAAGCUGAAGUUGCAUACUCAUGUGUUCCUGGAUAUCAUAAAUUCUCUGCAAAGGGGUUAGCUUUGGCAAAGUGCUUAUUAAAUCGCAAAAACAUCGCACAAUGGUUUGGCCCGGAUCUGAAAUGUAAAGCUCGUUCUUGCCCUGAUCCUGGAAAACUAGAGAAUGGUGUGCGAGAAGGUGAUGUGUUUGAGUACCCGCACACUGUGGUCUUUCGCUGCCAUCCUGGUUUUCUCCUACUGGGACCAGCUACACGAAGGUGUGAAAGUAAUGGGGAGUGGUCGGAUGAGGCACCGAUAUGUCAAGCGACCGAAUGUCCUCGACCACCGGAUCCGCUGCACGGAAGAGUUCUUGGCACCUCGCUAACUUACCAGUCAACUGUCACAUACUCAUGUAAAGAAGGCUAUCGACUUGUGGGUCAAGUGCAACGAAUCUGCCUUGCUGAAGGGAUCUGGGCUGGAACGGAACCGAGAUGUGAAGAGAUUCGAUGUCCCAAUCUGCCACCUCUCAGUAAUGGAUAUAUCGAAGGAGGCGAUACAUACUAUGGAGCAACGGCCAAAUUCAGAUGCCUGGAAACAAUGACUCAUGAAGGGGCCACUAUGGCAAAGUGUAUGGAAACUGGACAGUGGAGUCAUCCUAUGCCAAGAUGCUUAGGUUCUUGCAAGAUACCACGGAUUGAGAAUGGUCGAAUCAAGGGGAAAGUAGAGAGGCAGCUAAUUCCAUCAGGCGCAACUGUUGAACUGGUAUGCGAUGAUCGUCACGAAGCUAACAUGCGCACGACGAUGCUUUGUCACAAUGGCACUUGGAGCCAUGUACCGACCUGCUCUCCAUUAAACUGUCAUGAAUGGCCUCCGAGAGUUGCUCAUGCUCAAGUACUGUUCUCCAAAUCAUCCCAUGGAGCCAUAGCCAAAUAUGAAUGCAAUGCAGGAUAUUAUCCAAACAAGGAACAUCAGACAAUCAAGUGUCUUUUCGGACAUUGGACUAGGGAAGGUGGUCCGCUGAAAUGUCUACCGACUUGGUGUCACCACCCAUCUCGUACAUUUGGCACUUUGGUCGGUGGUCAGAUACUUCUCGAGGGACAGAUGGGUGCCUAUGAGUUUGCCAAGUAUAUUCAGAAGGUAGAAGAAGGUCGUUCGAUAGUGUUCCAGUGCAAUAAGGGGAACUACCUGAUAGGACCUCCAAAAGCAUCAUGCGUAAAUGGUCAAUGGAUGCCGAAGGUGAAACCAAAAUGCGUCUCUCAGACCCAUCCGAUGAUCGAAGGACGAAUUAUGUGGGAUCGAAGAAAACGUGAGAUAGAAGGUACUGACAUGACCGCAGGCUGCCCUCCGCUACAAAGUACUGCCGAAAAAGUUGUCGUUGUGAACAAGGAUAUGGAUAUUACGAUCAUUUGUAGAGAGGGUUAUGAGUUUCCAAAAGAAUUUAUGGACGGGCGAUCUGUCUGUGUCAAUGGCACAUGGUCACCAACACCGCCAGAAUGUGUUCCAAAGUCUUGCCGAAUACCUGCGCGACUUCAUGUGUUCUUCCUCAAACGACGCACCUCGCAAAUAUUACAAUCCGGUGACGUUAUAGAAGACGGCACAUCGGCAACAAUGAUUUGCCUGCGCGGAUUUCAUCUACAAGGAAAUGGCGAACUUGAAUGCCAUCGCGGAGUCAUAGCGAGACCUAUUGGCCAUUGUUUUCCUCAUGAAUGCUUGAUUCCAUCGCUUGCUAUUGGGACGAUAUAUCCUCAAGGACGAACGUUAGCAGACGGCCAGACGGGAGUCCUCGUUUGUCCAACAAAGAACAUUACAGUCAGCUGCAGCAGAGGGGUAAUUAGCCCAACACCGAACUGCAUUGGAAAUGCUACAACAUUUUGUGCUGCACCAUUAGACACAACGCCGGCCCUCAUCUAUAGCAUGCAGAACAAACAACGGAUAGAACUUGACCGAUUUCAGACCGCAUAUCCGAAUGGCACAGUCUUCCAGUACAAGUGUGUUGAACAACGUGAAGAAGCGAAUGGUAUUGAAUGUAUAAAUGGCGAAUGGAUUAGCAACUUGCUUCCGUGUUUGUCGGACAAUAUUACGGUGCGCAGUUGGAAAAGUCCGUUGGAAGAGACCAUGUGCUCCUUGCCCAAUUUGGAUAAAAGAAUGCGUUUGUUAAACGUUGAAAAUUUCGCUCCUUCUGAACAUCUCAAGUUUGCCCAUGGAACAGUACUUCAGAUUGGUUGUGUUGUAAGUGGAGAUGGAUCUGAGUACAUGGAAAUGAAAUGUCGGCAUGGAAAAUGGAGCAAAAGAAAUAGGAUCAGCUGCAAUUUUCAUGGACGACCUUGCGAAUUUAAGGUGCAGUUGAAUUCCCGAACGAUAGUUUAUCACGUUGAAAAGAAAGAAACUGUGCUGUUUAAUCAGUUUUUCCCAGAAGGCUCACAUCUGACUAUCAGAUGUGUCAAUAUCGGCACUGAUCGCAUGAAAGGCAGUGCCGAACUUGUCUGUCGGGAAGGAGCAUGGUCACAUCCGACUCCGUAUUGUGUACCACUUGACCCACUGAACAGAAAUAAGGACUCGCCUCCGAUUCUGAUUGAUGUAGUACAUGGUACUCAUGCAUAUUCUCCAUCUGGAGAAUUAAUUGUCGCUAGAAGUGCUACUGUUAGUUUUUCUUGCCUUUCACCAAAGAAAACGUCGAAGUCGAAAUGGGAAUUUUCCUCUACGUAUCGCACUUAUCCUCAAGUAUGGCAUAAAAUCAAUGCUUUAGGUGUGGAACAAGCGGAUGCGAAUCAGCUCACCGUUGCCAUCGCUCAACCUGAGGAUAGCGGUCUGUUGCAUUGCAUCCUACCCAGCGGCAAGCGAAACACUAUCCGAAUGCGAGUAGAAGAUCGCUUUUGUCCACCGCAGCAAAACUCAUCUCACCUUUCGGUAUAUUUGACUAGGAGGAAUUUGUUCAUCGGAACAGUGGCGCAGUUUUCAUGUCCUGUAGGGUACAAGCCACAUGGGCAUACUACAGCUACUUGUGAAGAUGACGGGACAUGGAGCCAUUCGCCACCGGAGUGUCAUGCGAUACAGUGCCCUCCAUUAGCAGUUGACAGCCGUUCUAUGAUGGUCACAGUGUCGUCGUACAAAUUUGGUGGUAUCGCCCAAUUCCAGUGUGCUAAGGGGUUCACAUUGAUAGGAGCGGAACAUAUACAUUGCCAAAGUGAUAGCACAUGGAGUGAAAAGCUACCAUUUUGCACAAUCGUAAAAUGCGAUAAAAUCGACCCGCCUAAAAAUGCCGUCCUGCUCUCUCCACCAAAGAAGCAAUAUCAUCGCGGUGAUGUGAUGCUGUUUGGAUGUUUGCCAAAUCAUAUUUUAACGGGAGGCGAUUUUGUCGUAUGUCAGCCAAAUGGGCAGUGGACGAAAUACAUAACGAAAUGCGAUCCGUUUUGCCGCCAUCCUGGCGUUCCACCUCAUGGUGCAUCAACAUCACCACCCAAGGACUACUAUCUUGUAGGCGAGAAAAUAGUUUACUAUUGUCCAUCACAUGAAUAUAAAUUAAAUGCUGAAAAUGUGCUUACAUGUAUAGGAGCUGGUAAGUGGUCUCGAAAAAUUCCUUCUUGUGUGUUUGAUCGGCGAAAUUGAAUACAUUUGUUGAUUGUGUACAUUGGUGUGAUAUUUUG